AUGUCGGAAAUUAAGCAGUGGCCCACUAUCAAGGCCAUCAAGACCUAUGUUGUCGACGGUGUCGGCUCGGGCGGUGAUUACCACAAUGUUGCCGGCGGUCAUUGGCUCGUCGACUCCCCCAUUGCAAACCCCAUGUCCCGCUUCGAGAAAUACAAGCACUCGCGCACCUCGUGGGGCAUCAACGUACUCGGCUCCUUCUGCGUCGAGAUCGAGGCCACGGAUGGCACCACGGGCUUCGCCACCGGCUUCGGCGGUCCCCCGGCCUGCUGGAUCGUCCACCAGCACCUCGAGCGCUUCCUGAUCGGAAACGACCCCCGAAACCUCUCGCUCAUGUGGGACCAGAUGUUCCGCGCCACAACCUUCUACGGCCGCAAGGGCCUGCCCAUUGCUACUAUCUCUGUCGUUGACUUGGCCCUGUGGGACCUGCUCGGAAAGAUCCGUGGCGAGCCAGUGUACAAGAUGAUUGGCGGUGCAACGAGGGAGAAGCUGAGUUUCUACUGCACGGGGCCCGAGCCGGUCGCGACGAAGGAGAUGGGCUUCUUUGGUGCGAAGGUGCCACUGCCGUAUGGGCCUGAUGAUGGCCAUGAGGGCCUAAGGAAGAAUGUGGAAUUCUUGAAGAAGCACAGGGAGUCGGUGGGACCGGAUUACCCGAUUAUGGUCGAUUGCUAUAUGAGCUUGACGGUGCCCUACACGAUCCAGCUGGCGACGGCGUGUCUGGACCUGAACAUCAAUUGGUGGGAGGAGGUCCUUCACCCGGAUGACUUUGAUGGCUUCCAACAGCUCAAGCAGGCGCUGCCGCAGCUCAAGUUCACUACCGGCGAGCACGAAUACACCCGCUACGGCUUCCGCAAACUCAUUGAGGGCCGCAACCUCGACAUCCUCCAGCCCGACGUCAUGUGGGUCGGCGGUCUCACCGAGCUCCUCAAAGUCACCGCUAUGGCCGCCGCCUACGACAUCCCAGUGGUCCCUCACGCCUCGGGCCCAUACUCUUACCACUACGUCGUCUCGCAGUCAAACUGCCCCUUCCAAGAGUACCUCGCAAACUCGCCCGACGGAAAAUCGGUCUACCCCGUCUUUGGCGAUAUGUUCAUUGAUGAGCCUGUUCCAAUCAAUGGAUCUAUGGAUGUUUCCGUACUGGAUAAGCCAGGUUUCGGGCUGGUGUUGAACCCCAAGGCGAGGUUGGUGGAUGCGCGGUUUUUGUUGAGCCCUACUCCGCAGAAGGCGUUGACCCCGCCGGCUGCGGGCGUGGCGCCGAAGGCGGUGAAUGGCACGAAUGGGGUGAAGGCACAGGAGGAGAGUGCGCAUUGA